AUGGCUCCUAGUUCUGCAGACCGAUCGUUGGAGGAAACACCGACAUGGGCUGUGGCCGUGGUUUGUGCUGUUUUUGUGAUCAUUUCUAUACUAAUAGAACAUGGAAUUCAUUCUCUUGGAAAGUGGUUUCAGAAACGUCAGAACAAAGCAAUGAUCGAAGCCUUGGAGAAAAUUAAAGCUGAGCUGAUGUUAUUGGGUUUCAUAUCUCUACUGCUUACUGUGGGGACGAAAUAUAUAACGAAGAUAUGCAUCACUCGCAAACUUGGAGACACCAUGCUUCCAUGUAGGAAGAACAAGACAAAGAAUGGAGACUAUGGUGAUGGUGACGGUGACUAUGACGGUGAUAAAGGAGAUGGCCGGAGAAGAUUACUGCUUUCAUAUGCUGAAGAUAUUGUAUUGCGUCGAGUUUUGGCAGCUGCUAACUAUAAGGACUAUUGUGCUAGCAAGGGCAAGGUAUCACUAAUAUCAUAUUCAGGGGUUCACCAGUUGCACAUAUUUAUAUUCGUCCUCGCCGUAUUUCACGUCCUCUACAGCGUCAUUAUCAUGGCUCUCGGGCAAGCCAAAAUGAAGAAAUGGAAGUCUUGGGAACUGGAAACCACUUCGUUGGAGUACCAAUUCACUAAUGAUCCUGCAAGGUUCAGAUUUACUCAUCAAACUUCUUUCGUGAGGCGCCAUGGUGGACUUUCCCGAACACCUGGAAUCAGAUGGAUUGUGGCAUUUUUCAGGCAAUUCUUUGGUUCAAUAACCAGGGUGGAUUACUUGGCUAUGCGCCAUGGAUUUAUUAAUGCUCAUUUAGCGCCAAAUAGCAAGUUCGACUUUCAUAAAUACAUUAAGAGAUCCAUGGAAGACGACUUCAAGGUGGUGGUGGGUAUAAGUAUCCCACUUUGGUGUUUUGCUGUCCUCUUUCUGCUUCUGAAUGUCUACAGCUGGUACACGCUCUCCUGGAUCUCCUUAUUGCCGCUCAUGAUACUUCUAUUAGUGGGCACCAAACUUGAACUCGUAAUAAUGGAGUUGGCUCAACAAAUCGAAGAUCGAACUACAGUUGUUAGAGGAGCGCUAGUGGUUGAACCAAGCAACAGCUUUUUCUGGUUUAAUCGGCCCCAGUGGAUUCUCCAUUUGAUACAAUUCACCUUGUUCCAGAACGCGUUUCAAAUGGCGAUAUUCUUAUGGACAUGGUAUGAGUUUGGGCUUACUUCGUGCUUCCACGACAAUUUGGCUGAAAUUUUGGCAAGAGUUUUCCUGGCCGUAGCCCUUCAGUUUGUGUGCAGCUAUAUCACCUUCCCUCUGUAUGCUUUGGUAACACAGAUGGGAUCACACAUGAAGAAAGCGGUAUUUGAGGAGCAAACCGCGAAGGCUCUUAGGAAAUGGCAGAAGGCUGCCAAGGAGAGAAAGAAGCAGCGAAAAGCAGAUGGCAACUCUGGUACUCCUUCUAUGGUGAUGAGUGGAGAAAACACACCCAGCCAAGGUUCAUCACCCAUAUAUUUGCUCCACAAGUACCGUGGCUCUAGCACUGCUCCAGAAAGCGAAAGUGUUCCUAAUUCUCCUAGAUCUUACCAAUCCGAUACAGAGCUCUCUGAAAUUGAGGCAUCCAAUCAUGGUGGGCAGCAGGAUGGGAGUAGACCACCACACAGAAGUGAUCAAGACUCCCAUAAUGUUGAUUUUACCUUUGUUAAGCCUUAG